UCUUUUUACAUGUCAUUUAAUGACCUUUAGUCCCUGUUUAAUUCAUGAAAACAAACAGGUAGGUACUAGGGACUUUUUAGUUGAAACUAAAAAAAAGUCCAGGGUCUUCUAAAACAAAGGGCCUGAGUUCCCAUGUGGAUUAACAACCUCAGACUUUUAUUGGUAUGUAUAAGUAUAAAGCCAUUUUGUCUUUCCUCCCUUGCUUACUUCACACCUCUCGUCGUCCUCGUCUUCGAAUUGCGGGGGAAGGCAAGCGAGCACCGAGCAGAGCAGAAAAGCAUAGGCGCAUGAGGAGAGGCACAGCUCCCGCACCUUUCGUCUAGGAUUCGAUUCUUCCAUGAUUCACGAGGGCAGGCCAUGUCUCCCCUGCUCCUCCAGUCCCUCUGCAUACUCCUCCUCGCAGGUGAGGUGGUGCUGAUAGGCGCGCAGAGCGCCGGCGGCGGCGGCGGCGGCGACAAGGAGGUGCUGGUGGAGCUCAAGCGGUUCCUGGUCUCUAACAACAAGGUCAACCGCGGCGGCUACGACGGGUGGCAGGAGUCGGACCCGUCGCCGUGCGGGUGGAAGGGCGUGACCUGCGACGGGGGCGGCCGCGUCUCGUCGCUCAACCUGACGCGCUCGACCAUCUCCGGCCCGGUGUUCGGCGGCUUCUCGCGGCUCCCGGCGCUCACGUCGCUCGACCUCUCCGACAACUCCAUCACCGGCGCGCUCCCCGCCGCCGACCUCAACCAAUGCCGCGGCCUCCUGCACCUCAACCUCUCCCACAACCUCAUCACCGGGCCGCUCGUCCUCUCCGGGCUCACCAGGCUCCGGGUGCUCGACGUGUCGGGGAACCGGCUGGACGGCGCCGUCGCCGUCAACUUCCCGGCGAUAUGCGCCGACCUCACCCUGCUCGACCUGUCCACCAACAAUCUCACGGGCAGCGUCACCGGCCUGUUGGACGGCUGCGCCAGGCUCGACAAGGUCGACCUCAGCUCCAACAACUUCACCGGCGAGCUCUGGCCGGGAAUCGCGAGAUUCAGGGAAUUCAGCGCCGCCGAGAACAACCUCACCGGGAGCGUCCCAUGGAGCACGUUUCCUGAUGGCUGCAGGCUCCAAUCCUUGGACCUCUCCGCGAACCAGCUGGUCGGGGGCUUCCCGGAUUCCAUCGCCAAUUGCACGAAUUUGACCUACAUGUCGCUGUGGGGGAAUAAUUUCACCGGGAAGAUACCUGCCGGAAUCGGGAAGCUCGCCGUCCUCGAGACGUUGAUUCUUGGAAAAAACAAGUUCGAUCGGCAGAUACCGCCGGACCUGACGAACUGCGGGAGGCUUCAGUUCUUGGACAUCAGUAGCAACAUGUUUGGAGGCGACGUGCAACAGAUUUUCGGCAACUUUACGAGCUUGAAGUAUCUUGUGCUUCAUCACAAUGAAUACACCGGCGGCAUCGUGGCCUCCGGCGUCCUCCGGCUACCGCUGCUCGCUAGGCUCGACCUCAGCUUCAACCAGUUCACGGGCCAACUCCCUCCACAGGUGGCCGACAUGAAGAGCCUCAAGUACCUGAUGCUCGCAGAGAACAACUUCUCCGGCACGAUACCGCCGGAGUACGGACGGCUCGCCGAGCUCCAGGCUCUGGACCUGUCUAACAACACGCUCUCAGGUGUGAUUCCGGCGACAAUAGGGAACCUCACGUCGCUCCUAUGGCUGAUGCUCGCCGGGAACCAGCUCUCCGGCCAGAUACCACCUGAAAUCGGCAACUGCACUAGCUUGCUCUGGCUGAACCUGGCCGACAACCUGUUGACUGGCAGGAUUCCACCGGAGAUGGCAGAGAUAGGGAGGAAUCCCGGCCCAACCUUCGCCAAGAACCGGAAUGAUACGAGCGUGCUCGCCGGCUCCGGCGAGUGCCAGGCCAUGAAACGGUGGAUCCCGGCGAGCUAUCCUCCGUUCAGCUUCGUAUACUCCGUCAUGACUAGGGAGAGCUGCCGCACCAUAUGGGACCGCAUGCUCAAGGGCUACGGAAUCGUCCCAAUCUGCACCAACUCGUCGUCGCCGGUGAGGUCCAACACGGUCUCCGGGUACGUGCAGCUGUCAGGGAACUUGCUCUCCGGACAGAUACCGUCAGAGAUCGGUGCAAUGCGGAACCUCAGCUUGCUCCACCUCGACGGCAACCGUCUCACGGGGCAGCUGCCGGCGGAGAUCGGCCGACUUCCGCUCGUCAUGCUGAACGUCUCGAGGAACAACCUCUCGGGCCCGAUUCCGUCGGAGAUCGGCGACAUUCUGUGCAUCGAGAGGAUGGACCUGUCCUUCAACAACCUCUCCGGCGAGCUCCCGGCGAGCCUGUUCAAGCUCACCGAGCUGUCUAUGUUCAACGUGUCAUACAACCCACUCCUCUCCGGCAAUGUCUCCACCACCGGCCAGUUCGGCACCUUCGACGAGCAGUCCUUCCUCGGCAAUCCGCUCAUUUCAUUGCAUCAGGGUGGAGCUGCCGGUAAGCAGCAACCACCACGACCGGAAGCUGCCGAUGCUCCUGGAGUUAGGACAGGCGGCAUACCAAGAACCAUCGUCAUGUGGCUGCUUUUCUCCCUCGUCAUCGCCUUCAUCGCCGGCACCGUCGUGUUCGCGAUCACCAGCCUACGCGCCCGGUUCCCGGUGGACCAGGAGCCGGAGCCGGACUCGUUCUCCUGCGAGCACUCCAAGGGCAAGUACGCGUUCGGACUGUCCUCGUCGCCGCCGUCCGGGUCGUCGUCGGCCACGGGGUGCUCCUCCUCGACGGAGGGGGUGAAGGUGUUCCGGCUGGACAAGACGGCGUUCACCUACCGCGACAUCGUGGCUGCCACGGGCAACUUCUCCGACGACCGGGUGAUCGGGCGCGGCGGCUCCGGCGUGGUGUACCGCGGCGUGCUCCCCGACGGCCGCGCCGUGGCGGUGAAGAAGCUCUCGAGGCCGCGCGACGGCGUGGACGGCGACAGCGAGCGCGAGUUCCGCGCCGAGAUGGAGGUGCUGGCCGACCGGAUGGGGUUCACGUGGCCGCACCCGAACCUGGUGACGCUCUACGGGUGGUGCCUCUCCGGCGGCGCCAAGAUACUGGUCUACGAGCGGCUCGACGGCGGCAGCCUGGAGGCGCUGAUCUGCGACACGGCGGCGUUCGGGCGGGCGGCGCGGCUGGACGCGGCCGUGGGCGUGGCGCGGGCGCUGGCGUUCCUGCACCACGAGUGCGUGCCCGCCGUGGUGCACCGCGACGUGAAGGCCAGCAACGUGCUCCUGGACGGCGAGGGGCGCGCCAAGGUGACGGACUUCGGGCUGGCCAGGGUGGUCCGCCCCGGCGACACCCACGUGAGCACGAUGGUGGCCGGCACGGUCGGGUACGUGGCGCCGGAGUACGCGCAGACGUGGCGCGCCACGACCAAGGGCGACGUGUACAGCUACGGCGUGCUCCUCAUGGAGCUCGCCACGGGCCGGCGCGCCGUAGACGGCGGCGAGGAGUGCCUGGUCGACUGGACCCGGCGCACCGCGAAGGAGGGCCGGAAGCAGCAAACGGAGGAUCAAAAGACGGCCGGCGGCACGGUGUCCUGGGAGCUGCUGGCGCUGGGCAUGCGGUGCACGGCCGACGCGCCUCACGAGCGGCCGGACAUGCCGGACGUGCUCGCCGCGUUGCUCGACAUCGCUGGUGCCGCGAACGGCGACGCGGGCUGUGCGUACUGCAGGAGCUCGGAGCACAGCGGCGGCGAGCAAACAAGUUCUGUGAGAUAGGUGUCCAUUCAAGGUUACAGGAGACAAAAUUCAUUACAGGAAACAAAAUUCAUUCCUUCGUGUACAAAAAUGCGGUUGCUUAGUUGAGCCUGACGUCCAUUGGAACCAGGGCAGGGCGCAUGUACGUAACGUAGGUAGGAGCAAAGACAAGAAGCAAAGUUUUUGGUAGCGCACAAUGCAGAUACAGUUUUGGCU